CGGAAGUAAAUGAAGCCGGUGACCUCUCCACGUCAAGAAGAAAAACACAAAAUCUUCAAUAUUUCAUACUAUCAGUCAUCAGGAACUUCUUCUAUAGAACCGUCUCUUUUGGCUAAAAAUAAGUCUAACUCGUAAGAUAAUUUUAUGAAAUUAGUGCACGUAUGUAAUCCCUUUUUAGGGUAGAUGAGCUUAUAUGACCUUUCUCCUAUAAAACGUGAAUUUCAUCGGAUAAAAGAGUAUGAUCGAAUCUAAUACUACGUAUUUGCUAUGUUUAAAAAUGGGUAUCAAAUUUAAUUGCGUAUGAUCCAUUUGCUCUCACAUUGAAGCAAAUAUCAUGGCUGAAGAGGAAAGAAGCAUAACCGAGCUGACACCCGAUCCGAAUCCUUGCCCUAUUUGUCUCGGACCCGUGACUGAGGAGUCAUACUUGGACCAAUGCUUCCACAAGUUUUGCUACAACUGCAUUCAACGUUGGACCAAAGUAGUAGCUACCAAGCAAGCUACACAACCUGCUUCAGUAAAGUGCCCUGUUUGCAAGACACUUAACUUUUCAGUCAUACAUGGAUAUGAUGGAAUUUCAUAUCAGAGGUAUUAUCUUGAUCAGAAUCUCGGGAAUAGUGCUUUUUUCUCAAGAUCUCACAAGUACAGAUUACGGUGCUAUUACACUGAAACAGAAACUUUAGCUGAAAAAUUAAAGGUAAUGCGAUACUGGAAGUUGCACAAGUAUCGUCAGCCUGCUCAUCAGCUUUACAAUUGGCUGACAAGGGAAAUCCAAGCAUUAACACAGGAAAAAGAUGUUGAUAUAGUGGUGCAUCACCUAAAUGGUGUUAUUGAAUCCUUCAAGAGAAACACGGAAAUCCAUAUGCAAAGGACUGCAGAAGAAACUCGACAAGAAUUUAGAGUCUUGGUGUCUCAAGCAGCAAGGCCUUUCCUAUCAGGUCGAGCAGAUCGCUUAGUCAAUGAGAUAGAACUGUUUUUAGCCUCAGAGUUGACAAUCGAUGCAUUUGACGAAGUUUAUAUCCAGCAUCUCGGCUGGGAUUGCCAUGAAAUAACUAAAGAUGGCAUAGAGGAAGGAAAAGUCGAAAGCUUCUCCACUCCAUACUUGUAUAUCUUUGAUGAGGACUGAUGACCUUUUUGUAAAUGGUCCUACCAAAGUUUGCACUGAAAGCGUCUUGUAGGAUGUCGAAGAAUAAAAUAGUCACAAGAGAAAACACUCCACGUCAAGGAAAUAUACUCACAAGAAAGAGUUAUGAGUUUAUGACACUUGUGGCUGAACAUAACGGUGGAGUAACAUUUAACAACAUUAGCAUUUGUAAGAAAAAAUGAUCUCAAAAACUC